CUGAUAUUUCGACCCGAGCUGACGCCAGCAGGACGACCCAUGGAUCCUCUGGCGGCGCCGAGCGACGUGUGGCAGCACAUUGCGAUCUUCCUCGACCGCCCGGCCGACGUGCGCGCGUACCUCGAGGCCUUGCCACCGCGUCUUCUCUCUCCGCCUCUCGCGAGUCUUCUCGCGCUCAUGGCGGCGCAGCGCGCUGGGCGGCUUGCCGCGACCGCCGGCGACGUGCGCCUCUGGCCGACGCUCGACUUGUCGAACGCGUCGGUGGACGACGACCUCGCGCACCAUAUCGCGACGUGUCUUGGGCUGUUUCCGAUGCUGCGGCUGCAGGUCGUUGGGUUUCCAUAUGCGAUGCCACGCACGACGCGUCUUGAGCUCACCAAUCUCUCGUCGCCGACAGCGUUUAUGACUGCGUUGCAGCAGUGGCCGGACGCGAUCACGUCCUUGUCGCUGGACCUGCGCGAUGGCGCUUGGUCCAUCGAGGCGCUGGCCCACGGCCUUGCAUCGCUUCCGCGGCUCGAGGCGAUCGAUGUGUUUUGGCCGUCGACGCGCAGCGACGAGGCGUUUGCGACGCUGCUACAGGCGAUCACGGCGACGCCCAUCACGUCGCUGGCCCUGCGCUUUUCGUUCGACUCGCGCCUCAACUGGACAGCCUCACUGACGGCGCUCCUUGAGCCAUGGCUGACAACGCGGCCUGUCCGGUCGAUGGCCGUGCACGACCUCAAGGCCAUCGACGAAGCGUGCGUGCUUGCGCUCUUGGAUGCGAUCGCGCGCUGCGAGACGCUCGAGACGCUCGUGCUGCGAAGCGUCGUGUUGGCGCGAUCGCUCUUCAAGCGCCGCCUCGCCUUUCCCAAGUCGCUCACCACGCUCGAGCUCUGGAGCAUCCCAUGCGUCGACCUCGACCGAGCGAUGGCGUCGCUGGCCCAUCUGGCGCUGCACACACUGCGCUUCUCCGUGCUCUUUCCCGGCCAGCACAAGCGUGACGAAGACUUGGCCGCGACGCGCUUCAUUAGCGAAACCCUUCCGACCUUGACGUCGCUGCGCACGCUCGAGCUCUUUUCGUUUCCGCUGCCGAGAGAAUCGUGGCGGCCGCUCAGCCUCGUCUUGCAGCGCCUGCAGCAGGUCUACCUCUACGAAAACAAGCUCAAGGACGACGGCGUCAGCGUGCUCGCGGCCGCCUUGCCGGCCUGCCACCACCUGCAGACGCUGCAUCUCAUUAGCCAAAAGUGCACGGACCGAAGUGCGAUUGCAAUUGCCAACGGCGCGCCCACCUCGCUGCGCGCGUUGGAUCUGAGCGAGAACCGGAUUGGCUCGGACGGCGCGAUCGCACUGAGCCGCCUGCUCGGUCAGCUCGACGCGAUCGAUUUGAACGACAACGGGAUUGGAGCUGACGGCGCGGCGCGGCACCUCCGCCAAGUCGGACUCAUGUACACGUCCAUCAAGCGCCGCGGUGUGCUCGCCCUCGUCUCGGGCCUGUCGCACUCGCCGUUUUUUCAAGGCGGCGCCGUCGUUGUCAUUGGCACAGUCGGUCGCGACCGGCCCAAUGACGUGGCAGCGUGUCGGCAAGCGAUCGCACGCCUCCCGAACCAGUCGAUGCUGCAGUUUGAGGAGCCCGAUGCUAUGUUUUAG